UAUCUACACAGCCAGACACACCACCGUCAGCGGCAUUCUUAGUCUUUCAUGUCUUCUUUGUCCAUACCUCCCUCUGCUCUUCUUGUUAGCUACAACCAAAUCGGCGAUGCACAGGACCCUUGCCUCAAAGCAGCUGUCUUCCCACGUGUCUGUGCUCAUCUUCCCGGCUCUGGUCCGCGAAAGCUGCAACAGUGCAGACUAGAUGCUGUACUGUAAAAAGAGCAACGUCCAAACGAGAGACGUGUAGAGUUCGCGUGUGUCUGAGCGGACAGCUACAGUAUGCUACGGUUUUGGGCGCGGAAGCUAGCAGCGCGGGGUACCCGGAACUUGGCCAAGACUCUCGAGACUGCGACGCACGUAGGUACAAGGGUCAAACGCAGCUAAAAGCUGACCACUUCUUUGUCCCGUCUGGCAAAGAAAAGCAGACGUAUGGACUGCCUCGUCGCCAGCGCCUCCCACGU